UCCUGUCUGAAUCACAUGGCUGGAGCCAGUUUCCAUGGAGAAGGCGAAGGGGGUGGGCUCCCGGGUGCCUUUAAGACUUCAGUGUUUUCCUUCUGUCCAUGGGAGUGGAACAAAGGGAAGGCGAGUGACCGGCCUCGCGCUCUGUGCGCGCUCGCUCUGCCUGGGCACCGGACAUGGAGGCCCUCCAGGUCGCACUCCACCAUGUCGCUCUCUGUGCGUCCCCAGCGGCGCGCCCUUGCGGCCAGGAUCAAUAGGAGCCAGUCCUUCGCCGGCGUGAACUCGAUCCAGGACAAGGCCUUCAGGAAUCUGCCUCCCUUCAGCACCCCAACGGUGUCCAGGAAGACUGGCUCCCGGGUCAGGAGGAUGUUCUCCAUGUCCCACAAGUCCCCCCCACCCAAGGUGCCGCAGCCCGACCGGCUAGAUGAGGUGUACGAAGCGCUCAAGAAGGGGCUGACAGCCUACCUGGAGGUGCACCAGCUGGAACUGGAGAAGCUCAGCACCCAGAUCCGUGAGUCCAAGAGGAAUUCCCGCCUGGGCUUUCUCUAUGAUCUUGACAAGCAAGUCAAGUCGAUCGAGCGGUUCCUGCGCAGGCUGGAGUUCCAUGCCAGCAAGAUCGACGAGCUCUACGAGUCGUACUGCAUCCAACGGCGGCUCCGCGAUGGGGCCCACAACAUGGUCAAGGCCUACACCGCCGCCUCCCCGGGCAGCCGCGAGGCACGGGACAGCCUGGCCGAGGCCAGCAAGGGCUACAAAGAGUACACCGAGAACAUGUGUCUGCUGGAGAGCGAGCUGGAGAGCCAGCUGGGGGAGUUCCACGUCAAGAUGAAAGGACUGGCCGGGUUUGCCAGGCUCUGUGCUGGGGACCAGUAUGAGAUCUUCAUGAAGUACGGGCGCCAGCGCUGGAAGCUGAAGGGGCGCAUCGAGGGGAAUGGGAAGCAGGUGUGGGACAGCGAGGAGAUGGUCUUCUUGCCCCUCAUCACAGAGUUCCUCUCCAUCAAGGUGACGGAGCUCAAGAGCCUGGCCAACCAUGUGGUGGUGGGCAACGUCUCAUGCGAAACCAAGGACCUGUUUGCGGCGCUGCCACAGGUGGUAGCUGUCGACAUCAAUGACCUGGGCACCAUCAAGCUCAGCCUGGAGGUGAACUGGAACCCCUUCGACAAGGACGAUCAGCCCUCAGCUGCCAGCACGGUCAACAAAGCAUCCACUGUCAACAAGCGAUUCUCCACCUACAACCAGAGCCCGCCCGACACGCCCUCCCUGCGGGAGCAGGCCUUCUAUGUGAAACAUGCGCGGCGGCAGGAGGAGCUGGAGAACGGCACGGCCUGGUCCAUCUCCUCGGAGUCAUCGGACGAUUCCUCGCCCCAGCUGUCGGGCAGCACCCGCCCACGCCUCCCACAAGCCAUUGUACAGCCCGAGGUGCGCUCCGCCCCCGCCAUCGAGAUCGCCUUCUCCCAGCAAGAGGAGGCGGGCGCCGCAGCCGAGCCACCCAGGCAGGAGGAGCCAGGCAGCGCGAGGAAGGAGGUGGUGGCCAAUGGGCACGUGCCCUACUCCCGGACUCUGAGCCACAUCAGCGAGAGCAGCCUGGAUGCGGCAGUGGAUUGCAGGGAGGGCCCCAGUGCCCACAAGGAUCCUUCCCCAGUUCCCCAGGACCCCAGCACCGGGGAGCUGCCUCCCCUGGAAAUGGACACUCCCGAGGCCUCGAACCUGCUGGUGCCCUGGACAGGACCAGACCGGGCCGGAGCCGAGGCCUGUGGGCCGUGUCUCAGCGAGGCCUGUGAGCCUGUGGUGGGCGGGCUGAGGCCACUGUGUCCAAGCUCUGGGGCCAAGGGCAUGAGUCUCCCGGACCGGCCAGUGGUGCUGAUCCAGUCUCAGAGGAAGGGGAGGCUGGCCCCAGCCCAGCUCCUGCCCACCAGCCCGGCAGAGGUGCAAGCCAAGCGUGACUGCGGCCUGGAGGAGGCCAUCGGCUCGCUGUGCUCGGCCCGGAUGACUAUCGGGGCAGUUCCCUGACUGCAGCCGCUGGAGCGGGAGCUGAAACGCCUGGAGGAGAUCCUCAUGGUAAGGGGGCAGUGGUGGGCCUCGAGGAUGGCGCACCAUGCGGCCCCCACUCCUUACUGCCUUCCCACACACAAGCAGCGCGUCUCCUGAGCCGCCUCCAGCAUGAGCCUGAGUGAGCACGCCCUGGAGAGCUUCAGCUUCCUCAACACCUCGACAUGGAUGACUCGAGGGCUCGGAGGAGAGGAAGGCCAGCCGGACGAGUGGAGGGCUGGCGGGGCCCAUGCUGCGGGUGGGGCAUUGGGAGGCUGCGAGGUGAUGGCCGAGGACACCGGCACGUGCCGCGGCUCCGAGGGCAGCUCUGACCCCAUGAGCACUGGCAAUGAGUUCCUGGACAGGGCCGUGGUGCUGCACCUCAGUAACUGCAACCGCCUGCUGCUGAAACUGGGCACAUUUGGGCCGCUGCGAUGCCGGGAGAUGUACGCCCUGGACAAGCUGAUGAAGGAAGCGCAGGUUCUGGAGAUUGUCUGCCAGCUGACGGAGGAGAAAUCGGGGGUGGCCAACACUGCAGCAGAAGUGGUGCAGUUCUCCACCCUGAAGGACGGGGUGCUGGCCCUCUGGGACCGCUGCGUGGAGCAGCCCAACGUGUACACCUGCCCUGUGGAGCGGUUCCUGCGCACACUCAGUGCCCAGUAUGCAGCGCCCCUGGCUGAGCGGCAGCCGGGCCUAGCAGACUCAGUGUGUGUGAAGCUCGUGGAGGAUGUGCUGGACCGGCGGCUGCCCAAGCGCCCCGGGAGCAGCCAGGGUGAGCAGCUCACCAUCUUCCAGUACUGGAGCCACUUCGAGUCACUCCCCGCGUCUACACUGGAUGCCUACAUCAUGGAGCUGGCUGAGGAGGUGCUGCUAGCCCAGAGCCUGAACUCGGACGACCAGGAUGUGGUGCUGAAGGCGCUGAGGCGAGUGCCCGAGAGCCGGCUCAAGAAGGACGGGCUGAAGGCCAUGAGCUCACUGCUCAUCGAGGGUAACAGCAAAGUCGUCAGCGCUGUGUCCGCCCAGCUGCGCAGCCUUGCCGAGAACCCCCGCUUCCGGGAACGGGCCCUCGUGUGGUACUUGGAGCAGCUGGAAGAUGAAGAGGCGCGGAUGCGAAUCGCCAGCUGCGCAGCCCUGGGGUGUCUCAAGGCCAAAGAAAGCAUCGAGCAGCUGGUGUAUCUGUGCCAAACGGACAAGGAGGACGUGCGGGAGGCGGCCAAGCAAAGCCUGAUGCUAUGUGGGGAAGAUGGUAAAUCGGCUCACCGGCGGCUGGAGGAGUCUCUGAACAGCUUACCAAGGAUCUUCGCGCCAGGCAGCAUGGCCAGCACAGCCUUCUGAGACACGCUGGCCUAACACACUUGUGAUCCCUUUGGGGUGAAGGCACCAGGGAGCUGCUGGAGGCUCUCACAGCCUGGGCCCAGCUCCCAUCCCUUGGGAACACGCAGCAGUAUUUAGUACCUCCCUGCCAGCCCGACACACCCCACUCACUGCCUUACGGAUCACAGCUUUCCCUCCCCCCGGCACUGUGCCUGAGGGGCUGCUGGGCCCACCACCGUGGAGAAGUGGGGCUUCGGACACUCUCCUCCCCUCCAGCUUGCUUUUCUAUUUCAACUUGCUAGGUGGGGCCAGAGCUUGUGCGCCCCUGCUGGAGCCUGGGUGGGCAGGUGAAGUCUGCACUGGGACUCCUUCCAGUAGCUCGCAGGCUGCGCAGACUUCCCCAGAUGGACAUGCACUUUGAGGCGAUGUUGUUUCUUUCCAGGAGCUCCCUUUGCUGUGGGCACCGUCCUCCUUCAGCGCCUGGAGUCCCCGGGACUCAAAUAAAAGGAGACAUAGAUAUUAA